UCAAUAGUCAAGUCAAAUAUAAUAAACAGAUUGAAACAGAAUAGAGGUAGCCCGAAGGCAACCAGGCCAAUCCCGAAUAUACAAUAUAAAUCGAAUUCCCGUGAAGAUGUUUUGGGGUCUCAGCUCAGCGGUCGACUUAUACGCGGAGUAUGUGAACGCGUUCAAGAUCAAGAAUGAGCCGCUGUCCGAUCAGCAGGAGGGGGGAUGCGGGGACGGAGCAGCUCCUUCCGGGGCUCUCAACAUUUUGAUCUGCGGCGGAGCCGAUCCGCGCCAUAUAAUCAAGACACUGGCCAAACGCUACACAUACAAAAACAAGCCCAAGCUGAACAUAUACGUGCUGGACGGGUGUGCCGAGAUAGCGGCCCGCAAUAUGCUGCUUCUGGGUGUGGCCCUGGAGGCGCCAGAGUCCUUCAGCUUGGGCUACAAGGCGCACCUUUUCAUGGACAUCUACGGGAACUCGUUGAUGCGGCCGAGCUCCCACCACUACAUGGCAGCCAAGGCUCGCACACUGCUCAAAAUGGUCACCGACGAGGAGGAGCUUCGACGCCUGGCGCCCAUGCUCAGUUUGGAUGGGCUAAAGUACAAGGAGCGCGACGGCCUCGAGAUGGCCUUCAGCUUCUGGCAGCCCCAGCCAUGGCACCAGUACAACAUUGCCACCUACUGGGAGCAGCGAUCGCGUGCCCUGCUGGGCACUCGCUACGACCACCGCAACGGCGCCUUCGACUGGGACCUGAGCAUGACCCUGAAGGAGCGCGAGGGCCAGCAGAUCUGCUCGCAGGAGUACCGCUACUGGCGGGAGUGCGGGGUGGCCUUCGUUUUCCCCGAGUACGAACAGUGCAAGCCAAACAAGACAUUCGCUGCGGGGCUGGUGCGCAACGGACGCACCUAUCUGCACCGCGGCUACGUGGGCGACAUCCAAACGGGCCCCUUCUGCGGCUUUGGGCUGCGGAGCGCCGAGGAGCGUAUGCACAACUCCGUGCACGGCGACAACGACUAUCGGGCCACAGACGUGACCGAGCGCAAUCUGCUCGAGCUGUUCCACGAGCUGCAGACCCAUACCGUCUAUGAGCACGAUUCCACUCGAUCGCGCCGCUACGGAUCGGUUCAGUUGCUCAUGACGCCGCUACUCACCCACAACGAGUGCGAUGCCGAGGGCCAAGUGAGCUACGAUCGACCCUGGAUUCAGGUGCCCGAUGUGACCGUGCACUAUUUGUCGCCCAUGGAGAUGGUGCAGCUGCAACAGGGAGCGGCACGCUGGACCAACACCUUUGACAUUGCCUUCGUUGCCUACAACUACUUCUCCUUCCUGAGCAAAGAGUUCUUCCAGUGCCUGCGUGCCGAGGCCCUGUUCCUUUUGGAGACGAAGCUGAUGACGGUGGAGCGCAGGGAUAAUGUGCAGAGCUACGAGGCCAAGGCCAAGGAUCUAAUGAAGGAGGCUGGCCUCAAGGGUGUUAUCAAUUACCAGGCCAUCAAUGCACAGCAUAUGCUGCUGAAGUACAAGAAAACUGAGGCAGCAGACACACACGAGGACAAGGACGAGGACGAUGAUCCUAAGGCUGAGGCCGAGGCUGAUUCUGACGCUGUAUCCAAGAGUGAGACAGGUCAGACCUACCAGCCAGAAGAGGUCCUUGAGAGCAACAUGACUGAACUUGUUUAAUUUCAAUAAAUUUUGUUUAUUCAG